GAUCCAGCUCAGUUCCUCUUUCUAUGAAGAAGGAACUAACUCCAUCAAAUGUAGACCAGCGGGAUUCAUUGAAAAAGAUCUCAUCCUUAGAUUCCCAAAAAAGAGAGACCUGCUUCUGUUUCUUUCUGUUCUGAUUCUUCACAUUACUGCCAGAAACUUCCCUUUUAAAAGAAAAGACUCGUGGCGCAUUACAGAAAUCCUCUGAUGAAUAUCAGCCUGCCAAACAUGAAUGCUACGGAAAUGACCGUGACUGCCAAUUUUUCCCACGACUGCAGAAACACUUCUGACUAUUCUAAAUGUAUCAUAACCACCGUCAUGUUAAUCAUUUGCUUCAUUGGAAUCCCGUUAAACGGGAUUGUCAUCUGGCUUUUGGGCUUCCAGAUUAAGAGAAACCCUUUCACUGUGUUGAUUCUUAAUUUAGCCAUUGCCGACUUUGGACUCCUUCUAUGUAUGUCUAUAUAUUACAUUGAUACUGUUACGGGUUUUAUAUCCUCAAAGAUUCCUUGGUACAUAUUUUUCUCUCUCCUCCACAUUAUGUAUCUCAGCGGUAUGUUCCUUCUUACGGCCAUCAGCAUUGACCGGUGUGUGGCUGUCCUCUUCCCAAUCUGGCAUCGCUGUUCCCGGCCAAAAUCUUUGUCCUCUGCCAUCUGCGCUUUCCUCUGGAUCUUUUCUUUUCUUCUGAUCGGGAUGCUGAACAUUACGCAACAUGUAUUUAAAUACAGACAUUUCAGUCUUGAUUUGGUGGUGACUGUGGUGCUUUGCGUUCCUUUGAUCACCAUCUCGACUGUGAUCGUAUUCACCAAAAUGGGUUUUAAAUCUAAGCAGAUGAAACGCCGAAGGCUUUUACUGAUGAUCUUAAUUACACUUCUCUGCUUCCUUAUUCUAACUCUUCCUUUAGAUAUCUUUGUGUUCAUUACUCACUUUUUUCGCUUGACGUACUGGCUUCAACAUGGUGAAUUUGAUACCUGUUUUAAUCUGUGUUCGUCCCUAAACUGCAGCGUUAACCCAGUGAUCUAUUUUCUGGUUGGGAGAAAGAAACGACUUCAGUCCAGAGAGAAUGUCAAGGUCAUUUUUCAAAGAAUCUUCAAGGAAGAGGAAGCUCCUGAAACCUGAUAGACAUUUACAACACAGGUUCAAACCCUCUGUAAAAACAUAAUCUUAGCUUGCCUCUAAUGCUGGGUAUCUCUUGCUACAGAAAUAAAAUAUAUAUG